GUUUCAAGGUUAGACUUUUGUGAUGUAAAUGCGGCCCACAGUCCGCAGCGGCUCGGCACAGCCUCACUCGUGUAGCAGAGCGCCGGUCGCCAUGUCGCCCCUGCCCUCGCUGCUCCUCGCUGCCUGCUGUCUGAUCUUCGUUGUGGUAUACAGCGGCGAGACGGAGGGACGCGCCUUCUUCGGAGCCCUGUAUCCCCCGCAGCUGUCGAACUCCUCGAUCCCGGUGGAGACGGUGGCCGAGUCGUACUUACAGAACAAGCUGCAGCUCUUCUGGUCCAUGCUCGGAGUCGGGAACAUCCCGCGACCGCAAUGUAACUAUUACACUAAUCACUAGUCACUAAGCUCACGGUGGCGAUAAUAGCCGGUACCCCAUGAGACAUGUCCGGUAUGAGCCAAGUCAUGACGGCUAACUCGCUACCAUCUACCGCUACUUCAAGCUGAUGUUCUACUAAGAGCGAUACUUUCAACAUUUCAAACUGCCUUUAAAUAUUACGAAUACAUUAACAUAACAAAAAUACAGCUCAAUAAUUUGAAUAUAAACAAGUGCUCGUCCUCGCGUAUAUUGUUAUGCAAAGAUGUGACGACCAGAUGAAUAUAUACAACAUCUCUGUUGACAGUUCCGUAGCGAGCAGCCCAGAGCGGCAGCGGAGUGCGCGGCAAACGCUGCACCGACAUAAUGACGCGUUUAUUUCUGUUCCGGUUAGAUUAUAAAUAAUGAUUAUUCAUACUUCAUGUUUGUUAAGAAGCAAUAAUGUAUAGUAUAUAAAUAACAAUUCAAAGCCA